AUGGGACGAAAAGUUGUUGAUAUUGCUACAAAGAAAAGUAUUAUUCUUCUACGCGAUAGUGGUAUGUCUCAACACGAAAUUUGUCGAAGACUGAACACUUCUCGAAAUUGUAUUCGUCAAACCAUUCGCAAAUUUAAUGAACUUCAUACGGUAGCCACAAAACCUGGAGCUGGACGUCAUUCAAAACUAACAGAUCGUCAAAAACGAGCAAUUAAAUUACAACAAGUUCGUGAUGAUACUCUUUCUUUGAUUGAUCUUGUCCGGUGUGUUCAAACAAAUUUCAAGUAUUUUGAAGAUAAAACAGAUGAAGUACGUGAUCCGAUGGGUACAUUAUUUCCAUUAUGGAAAUUUCCACCAUCGUUUUCUAAUCGAUCUGUUACGGCAUUAACAUGGAAUCCAGCUUAUUCCGAUAUGUUAAUAAUUGGAUAUGGACUUUAUGAUCAAGCUGAACGAAUACAAGGUACUAUUGCUGUAUUCACAUUGAACAAUAAUCACCCAGAUACUUUAAUUCAUACUGAAAGUACUGUAUUAUCUAUUGAUUGUUUACCUUCAAAACCAUAUCUUAUAUGUGUGGGAUUAAUGGAUGGUGAUGUGAUUGUUUAUGAUAUAUCAACUCCAUCUGGUAAAGCUGUUUUUACAAAUACAUCUUACAUGUGUAAACAUUAUGGAUGUGUUUGGCAAGUUCGAUGGUGUAAUUUAUCUACUAAUCAUCAACCUCGAUUUUUUUCUAUUGGUGCUGAUGGAAAAGUGAUGCGAUGGACAUGUAUUAAAGGUGAAUUAAGACAAAUACUUUUACUUGAUUUACCAAGUGCAACGAAAGCUACACGACUUGAUGAUGGUACUCUUCUAUCGUUACCAGGUCCAGCAAUAGCAUUUGAUUUUCAUCGUAAUCGAAAAGAUAUAUUUCUUGUUGGUACAGAAGAUGGCAAGAUAUAUAAAGCAUCGACUAAUGAUCCAGGAAUUAUUGAUAUGAUAUUUGAUGCUCAUGAUUUUGCUAUUUAUUGUAUUCAAUGGAGUCCUUUUCAUCCGAAUAUUUUUGCUUCAUGUUCUGCUGAUGGAACAACAACCUAUUGGUAUUAUUUUAGUGAAUGUUUAAUGAGAUUUGAUUUAUGUACAAGUUUACAAGAUAUGUCUUGGUCACCUUAUACAUCUACUAUGUUUACUAUAGCUGGAGCAGAUGGCAAAGUCUAUAUAUUUGAUAUUCAUUCAAAUAAACUGGAACCAAUUUGUGAGCAACUAUUAGCAAAUGAAUCAGGAAAAGCAUGUACAAAAAUUGCUUUUAAUCCUAUUCAUCCAAUUUUAUUAGUUGGUGAUCAAACUGGUUGGACUAUUUGUCUUAAACUUUCACCUAAUCUUCGAAAAAAAGCAAAAAUUCGGAAAGGUGCUGAAUUUGCACAUAAUCAUGAACGUGAAUAUGAUAAACUUGCACAAGAAUUAUCUCGAACAGUAGCUGGAGAUUCAAUGAAUGAUAUUCUUAUUGAUCCAACGAAUGAUAUUGAAGAUUAA